GCUAGAAGUGCUUUGAAGAAGCUGCGGGAAGACUUAAGUAGUAAACUUGAGAGCAGACAAGGAGCUAAGGAGCACCCACAGGUGGAGCUGGAGCAGCACAACGGGAGCUGGAAGUGCCCCGAGAGGCUCCGGGGGGACUCCUGGGAGGAGCAGGAGGAGGAGAACUGCUCCAGCCAGGACGUGGAGACGCUCCAAGAGACGGCCAGGAGGCUCCUCAGGAGGCUGCAGGAGGCCGAGAAACGCCAUCAGUUGGAGAGGAAAGCCUUCGAGAGGAAGGUGGCCCAGUACCAGGAGGAAGCGGAGCAGGCGAGCUCUGCCCUCCGGAGAGCGGAGAGGGACGUGGAGCAGAAGGAGGUGCAGGUGGACGAGCUCCAGAGGCUCCUGGCCGGGAUGGAAAAGGAGCGCCGGGGUUUGGUGGCCGAGCUGAGGGCCGGGGAGGCCGAGCUGGCGCGGCUGCGGAGCCUGGAAGGGGACAAGCUCGCCCAGCAGGAACGGGUGGCCCAGCUGGAGAAGGAGGUGGCCACGCUGAGGGAGAAGAUCCACCACCUGGAUGACAUGUUGAAGAGCCAACAGCGCAAAGUGCGGCAGAUGAUCGAGCAGCUCCAGAAUUCCAAGACGGUGAUCCAGGCCAAGGAUUCCACGAUCCAGGAGCUGAAGGAGAGGGUCUCCUACCUGGAGGCUGAGAACCUGGAGAUGCACGACCGGAUCGAGCACCUGAUCGAGCAGCAGGUCAGCCGGGGCGGGCACAGCGCCAGGGCCCGCUCCAAGUCGGAAUACGUGAGCAG